CAAAUCAUGUCUACCAACGGAGACCACGAGAUGGCGGAUGCUGUUCCUGGCGCUGAUGUGGAUGGCGCCGAAGUCGAACUCGCCGAGCCCCAGCGCAUCAGAGUUGUAAGUGUUUAUCUAUUCUGUUUUUUCCAUAUAGAUUCUUUUUGGCCUACGAUGUCGGCCUGGAAAACGCUGCUACAAUAUAUCAUGAACAAACGAAAACGAGCAAAUCUGAUGAGACGCAGNCUUCCUGGAUCAACUGAUACUGCUGCUUCAUUCGAAUUCACCAAGGAAGACCACACUCUUGGAAACGCUCUACGAUACAUCAUCAUGAAGAACCCGGAUGUUGAAUUCUGCGGUUACUCGAUCCCCCAUCCUUCAGAAGCAAAGAUGAACCUGCGCAUUCAAACAUGGGACGAAGUCAACGUCUACGAUGUUCUGGAAAAGGGUCUCAAUGAUCUUAUGGAUCUCUGCGAUGUGGUGGUCGACAAGUUUACCGUGUCAAGAGAUGCAUUCAAUGCCAGCAAGGCAUGA